AUGUCAGCGACUGUCGACCAAAAGUAUGAGCUGGCCCGGAAAAUUGGUGGGCAAGUCUUUAACAAGUCGAAGCUGAGCAAGGAGGAGAUUCUCGAGAUGUGGGUAAUGAACAGAAUGAUUCAUGGCGCUGGUUCCAGCAUCAUUCCUCCAACUGCAGAGCAAAAAAAAGCGCUGCAGGAUUGGGCUCAUUUAAGUCAAAACGACGUGAAAGAGAGCUUCAUCCACUUAGUCGUAGACAAGCUCGAGCUUGUUAAAGACGACAAAGACUUGCCCAAAGCUAAGGAAUGGCUUGCUGAGCUUAAAUAG